AUCUAGGUAAGUGGAGUUUUGGUACCUAGUCGGUAGAAAUCUUUUUAAUUUACGAGAUGAGAGGGGCUUGAUUCCCUGCAAAUUCGCUUGCGAUUUGUUUGUUGAUACUUGCAUUUGUUAUGGAAAACGCUGGAAGUACGCCACCGCGAUGUCCGUGCGGAUUUUGGGGGUAAGUUCAGCGUUGUGAUGUUCACUGAGAGCUUUGAUCCUCUCACAAAAUCACGACUUUCCAGUUGAUCGUACAAACCGUUCUGAGUUAGGGUACAGUCUUAUUUGAACUUUCGGUUUUUGUUUUCUUUUUCAUGUAUAGAUCUCCGCAGACUUUGAAUUUAUGUUCCAAGUGUUACAAGGAUGGUAAGAAAACUUCUAACUUGUUAUAUUUUAAUUAAACUGACAACAACACUGUCUUCAUUUCGCGAUCUAGUUGUACGUCCAAACUCUGUGAUAGUCAAGCAGUGUUUUGAGGGAUAUGAGUAGGUCUGAUGAUUUGUCCUUUUCGUCUUCUCUUAGAAUUGCAGAGGAAAGGAAGAACGGAAGAAAAAGAUUCGGCGCGUUUAGUAAAUGAGUCUAAUGCUCAAUCGUCAAAUCUCGAGCAAUCCAAACAUGACGUUGAAAAGAAGCCUUCGACCAGUACUGCAGAAGAAGGCAACCGUGAAAUUGAACUCGGCAAUAACUAUAUAAAUUGUGGCAGUAAUACAAAAUCUAAAUUAAAAGUAGAGAGAGAUGAUCCUCAAGACACAAGGAGAGAGAAAGAAUCAGUGAACAAGGCGAUAGACGUUCCGCUUCAAAAGAAGAGAAAACGGUGUUGGACUUGCAACGCAAAGCUUGAACUCGCUCAGAGAGAGUUGGGGAACUGUAGGUGUAGUAAGUAUUGAAAGGUUCCUUACUUCGUUAUUUUCUGAUGAUUUGUUUUUGUAAGCUCUCUGACAUAUUCAAUAAACCCAACUCUGUGGUGCCUGACCCUGCAUAUUUUUAAUAACUAGAGAAAGAAGUGAAUAAAUUUACUCGUGUCGCUGGUAGCUAGAGUUUGAGACAACUCUUUCUCAUCGCCUAUUAUGUACAGAGGGCUUUUGAAAACAACAUCGCAGUGAUAGAUACUAGUUGUGUGGGAUGGAUCCUGUGAAAGCAGAAUUUAAGUCUAAUGGUCUUCUAGAAUUCUAUUCAGUGUUAGUGACUUGGAAAGCGAAGGGAGCAGUACAGACACUACAGUCUGUGUUUUACUUUUCCUUCACAUUCCACGAGUUUCUUGUUAGCCUACAUGUAGCUGCACCCACCCCCCCCCAGGUGGAAUGGAAGCAAGGGAAUAUCUAUGAAACCCCUUCCACCAAUCAUGUUCUGCAACAUCACUCUUUUGUAAGAAAAUAUGUAAUGGGUUUAAUUGGUUAACCCCUUUUGCCGAUUCUUUCCCAAAUUGGCAAGAGUUGGUAAUUUAUUUUCACACUAAUCAACAAGAUUGUGAACAGAAUGCUUUCAUGGUCACCUUUUCAGACAACAGUGAUCUAUGACAUGGUUUUGAGGUAAAUUUGUGCAACUUUUGGGAUAGAGACAUUUCAAGAAGAACUGCAGAAAGCCAUAGAUAUGUUUUUUGAAGGUAACAAUGUCUCCAUUUUGUUAUCAACUGGCUAUGGAAAAUCUCAAAUAUAUCAAACAGCACCAGUGAUCCAUUGCCUCUCUUCUCUUCUCUAGAAGAAACCGGUCACUAUAUUUAUUUUGCCACCUGUUAAAGCUCUCAUAGAAGACCAGGUGUACUAUCUUAAUGGACUUGGGCCAGAGGAUUGUCCACCUAUUAAAUAGGGCUAGUUGUUUCUUGAAGUGAUUCUCUUGACUGAGAAAAGAUUCACUUUUACUUCAUGCUUGCAGUGUAACUAUCUCUCAAAGAAAUCUGUAAAAACCUUGAGAUUCUGUAGCAAAGGAUCCAACUUUUUUCAAAGACUGUGGCACUGUUUAUAAAUGCAUGUGGAAACCGCAUGGACGUUGAAAAUCUUAGAUUCGUAAGGGUGAUGCUGAUUGAACAUCAUCCUAUUCUUACUCUAUACCAAAAAUUGCUCACAAUCUCAUCCUAGAUCCUUAAAGCAAAGUAUAUAUUUUAACUUAGAUACUGAAUUGCAAAUUUACCUGAAAAAUGGAAAAUAAGUUCACUUUAAUGUUGUAGUUCAUCUUGAUAACCUUUCACACUAACACAUGCCACUUUGCAGGAAAUAUUAUCAAAGUACAUAAUUUUGCAUAGAUACAAGUGAAGUCACAGAACAUGAUUGGUGUCAGGUUUUCAUAGACAUUUCCUCCCUUCUGUUUCACCUGGGGGGGGGGAGAGGGUACAGCUACACAUAGGCUAGUUUCUUGUAAAUUGUUAUCAACAUAUUAAUUGGCACUAGGAUGCCAAGGUACAAAUCAAGGCUAAUUUUACUUAGUAAGUCCAGUUCAGCUGUGCACCAUUUGUUGCUGAUCACAUGAAUUUUCAUCUACCAUUUAAAAAAAAUUCAGAAUUUCUUUGGAGUAUCAAAGCCUUAGAUAAUGGUGAGUUUUCAUUAUUUCCUCUAUAAAAUUAAUUGCUGAUAACAUUUUGACAAGGCCCUCUGGCUCUGAGCCAUUAUGCAGCUUUGUAUGCAACAAGCAUCUUGUGCACUGCUAGGAUCAAAGUGAUGAGUAGGAUGGAAGGAAAUUCAACCAAACCUCAUAAAAACCAAAGCAUUAUUUGCAUAUUUUUUAUGGCUAUAAAUGAGCAAAUUAGUUAUGAAGCAUUCCUCUACUAUCCUAUAACUUGAUUUACAACAUAGCUAGUAAAUUUGUCAAAUCAAAUUCAAUUGCAUGAGCAUGCUUCAUAUUCCUAUUGUGCAUGCUCAUGACAUCAGCAAAUAAAUCCCUCAAGAAAAAAAUUUGUGCCACAAUUUUUUACUUUGGGAUUUUGUUGAAAAUGUUAUAAAACAAUUGGUUCAUAUGUCAGCUAUGCGUUCAUCAAGAUAUGAAGCACUUGGGAAGUUUGGUGAGCACUCAAGAAGCUAGAGUUUCUCUUGGCUAUGCCUCGAGCAACUCUUACGCAUCUUUCAUGCUCAGUGGUUAAGAAGUGGGAAGCAAUUUACCCUUUACACCCGAACAUUAAUGCUUAUAUUCUCCACACUUUUCUCUUUAAUUCUCCAUGGUACCAACAUGGAGAAUUUGGUUUUUACAAUUGGGAGAUUCUUAAAUUGGUGAUUAUUUCCUUGAUUCUCGUGCCCUUUGCAAUUGAUUUAAGGAUGAUACUGUAUGGAGAAUUUAGACGAUUGUCACUCAUAGGGGUUCUAGGGUUGAUAGACAUGUCCUUGGAAGUUGGUCAAAAAGUAAAUAAAGAUGUUAAACUUUAAAUUUGUUAUGACCAUGAGACAGAUAUAAAUCUGAGUACUUGUUAUUGAAAAUAAAGCACUUAGUAAAAAAUUUCUGUUUUUUACCUUCAGGUUAUACUUUUUGUCAAUUACAUCGAUUACCAGAACAGCAUAACUGUGCAUUUGACCACAAAGAGAGUGGAAGACAAGAGGCAAGGAAAAAGAUGAUCAGUCCUGGACCAAAGAAAGUGGGAAGAUCUUUCCAGAGAAUAGAUGAAUGAGGUGCAUUUUAGUGGAUCUACGUUUAAAUAAUGUAUGGUAACUUAUAGACCAUACAAAUGACUACAGUAACUAUUGAUUACUAAGGGCUCAGUCUAAUUUGUAUGACAUGUUGUGUUUGUGACUGAAGUAAUGAAUAAAAACCUGUUGGAUGACAGAUGAAGUUUAUCAGGAGUCAGCUCUGGCUUGGAACUUGGACAGUAACAUUUUAUUGAAAAGCUGAUUGGAGGUUAAAAUUAUUUCGAAAGAUUUGACUAAGAAUUUUUUUUCCCUUGGUGGCAAUGUCUUGGUUUAACACCAACAUUCAGAAAUGAAAGGUAAUGCAGGUGUGUGAAGGUCAUACAGAGAAAAAAUUAAAGUCAAAUCACAGGAAUAUUAUUCCCAUGAGUGACCAAGACAGAAUUUCUCCUUACAAUAUCAAUACAAUAUCAACCAGAUAAGUGAUGAGAAUGAAGAAAAAUAUCAAUUUGGGGAUAACUGGUUGAUCCAAAACUAAAUUCUCUGAACUAACAUUAUAAGAAUUGUAUGGUUGACUGUAAGGAGAAUUAGAAAUUUAAUCUGGGAGCUAAAGGGUUAAGGAGACAGUUGAUGAACAUACAGGCAGCUUUUGUAACCCUCCAUGCCCUAAGAUCAAAAUAUAUAUUCUCCAUGCUAUUCUUGGUACACAUCCUUAAAUACUAACAAGGAUAAUUUUUGAAAUAGUCAAGAGCUUCACUUGUAGGUGAUCAUUUCCUUUAUUCUCAUGCCCUUCUUGUUUGAUUCAGUGGUGAUGCUGUAAGGAGAGAUAAGAUGUUAAUUCCUCUUGGGGUUAAAGGGCUAAAAGUUAGGGAGGGGGGCUGUAAACAAAUACCGCCAUGAAAGUCUUAUUUUCCAGAUGUUUGAAAGUCACCAGCUUGAUGUGUUAGGUAUCUGGAGGCUUUACUCCACUGCAAGUUCACCUCCUAACACCUCUGCAUAUGCAAUAUGGAGUCUAAGUCAACCAAGUACCUGUGAAAUGCUGGGUGCAACAAUGCAGGAAUGCAAGUAUUAAACUGCAAAUUGUAUAUGUGUUGGUCAUUGCAUAACAUGCCUAGGAAUUUGCAUAGUCAUCAUACUUUGUCACGGUUUUGCUGCAUCAUUGCAUUUUAUUUCGAUAUGUUACAAUUUUGACAGCAAACAAGUAUGUGAUGCAAAUUGAUUAAGGUGGGGGCAAGCUUGCCGCAGUGGUAAGGAGGGAACUCUCUCAGUGGGGCGAAACCUCCAUGAACUGAUGUGUGCAAGUUAGUGAAAUGUCAAAGAUACCUGAUUGUCAUGAGUUUAUUUUUUUCUUAGACUAAGAGGGCAUUGUAACAAUUCCUGUCAUCUGAUUGGUUAUUAAUUCGGAAUGGAUUUUGCCAUCUCUGCUUAGGCUCAUGGUAAGGCUUCCAUGAAUGUUUGUUUUGGUCUCUUUGUCAGAAAAAAAAACAAACAAACUGUGUUGGUAAACACCAUGGGGUCAGGCAAAACGGGACAAUCUGUGACCCCGCACACGAAAGUACUGCCCUCAUUCUGCAGCCAUGAACCGCAAUUUAAAGAGCUUAGUCACAGUUUUUCACUGCAUGGACCUCUCGGGGGUAACUAACAUAUGUGUUUAUAAAUUGUGAUGUCCCCAGCUACUGGGUUUCACUUGUAAAUUAAACGAAAUUGAUCGUAAGGGUUUCAUUUACAGAAUGGAAAUAUACAUACAAAUGAAAAUUUCAAAUCUUUGACUUGAUACCACUUAGAGUGUUCAUGAUUGAAAGUGGACUGAUUAUGGUGAAUAGAGAUAUUUUGUAAGAAAUAUUUACUGUAAGAAAUUUUCCUUCGAUUUCUGGUUUAUAUCAACGAUAAAUUUUC